AUGACAGAAAAUCAGCGACCCAUGUGGCAUCUCCGCAUCUCAAUCGAAGAUUCUCCGCUGAUAAUGGGCAGUGACAAUUCAAUUGAUAAAGAUUCCAUUGGUUUGUUGGAGAACGAUCGAGAAGGGAAAGGGAAAAGGCUAUGGAAGAAGGUCAAGUACCAGCUUGUUGAGUAUCAUUCUUUGCCAGCUUUUCUUAGAGACAAUGAGUAUAUUCUUGGUCACUAUCGAUCUGAAUGGCCUAUGAAGCAGGUUUUGCUUAGCAUCUUUACAAUUCACAAUGAAACUCUCAAUGUUUGGACGCAUUUGAUUGGGUUCUUCCUGUUCCUGGCGUUGACCAUAUACACAGCCAUGAAAGUCCCACAGGUUGUAGAUCUUAAUUCAUUACAGCAUUUGCCUGACAUCCUCAAGAACGGUGACCUGCAUAAACUACAAUCAGAACUUUUGACGUGCCUACCUUCCAUGCCUGAUUUGCAAAGACUCAGGGAUGAAAUCUCAAGCUGGCAUAUUAAAGAACUUCUGUAUAAUUGUUUGCCUGUAAGAUUUUCCAGUAGCAAUCAUACUGAUGUUUGUGUUCUGCACAACGUAAAAGAGGACCUGGCGAACCUAAUAGCACCACUGGUGAUUAGACCAAUUACAAGGCUUGACUAUGCCGGAAUUGCAGCUUUGAUAUCUACCUCUUUUUUUCCUCCAGUCUAUUACUCAUUUAUGUGUUAUCCAUUUUUCUGCAACCUUUACUUGGGCUUUAUUACUAUAUUGGGCAUUGCCACCAUCUUGGUUUCUCUCCUUCCAGUUUUCCAAACUCCAGAAUUCCGCACCAUCCGUGCAUCCCUCUUUUUGGGAAUGGGUUUGUCUGGUGCAGGACCUAUUCUGCACAAGCUUUUUCUGUUCUGGGGUGAACCUGAGGUGUUUUACACAACUGGUUAUGAGAUUCUGAUGGGUUCUUUCUAUGGACUUGGGGCACUGGUUUAUGCCACCAGGAUUCCCGAACGAUGGAUGCCUGGGAAAUUUGACAUUGCUGGACACAGUCACCAAUUAUUUCAUGUAUUGGUUGUAGCCGGGGCAUACACUCACUAUCGUGCAGGGUUAGUUUAUCUCAGGUGGCGCGACAUUCGAGGUUGUUGA